AUGAAGUUCUUCUGGUCGCUCGCCCUCUUUGCCGCUGCUGCUGCUGCUCAGUCCACUACCGACUCAGGUGCUGUUGCCCCCUCCGCCUCUGGCGAGUGUGACGCCGAUUACAUCGUCAAGCGAUGCCUCGAGACCGAGAACGCCAAGGUUGAGGACUGCAAGGCCAAUGACUGGGACUGCCUUUGCCCUGCUUAUGAGGCUGUUGCUACCUGCUUCAACAACUGUCCCGAUGACCCUCGCGCCAGCUCUGCCAAGACUCAGGUUCAAAUCAACUGCCAGAACCAGUCUCUCUACGGAACUGCCACCAAGGCCACAAAGACCAACUCUGCCACAGCUACUGCCUCGGACGCCUCCGCUACUGAGUCCGAUGAUGCUGAGGAGACCGGCACAGCGACUGAGUCUGCCGCCGCCGCUGAGAACACCAACAACGCUGCUGACAAGGCUCGCAACACUGCUGGUGUCCUCCUCGCCGUCGCUGGUGUUGUUGCUGCUAUCCUAUAA